GGAAUGGGUGGAAUGAUUUGCAAUAUAAAUGAUUUUCUUUUCAUGCCAUUUAUAAUUUCUACUGAAUUUGAACUUGAACUGAACGAAAGUAUACUUAUUUAAUAGCAGUUACGUCUUUUUAUUAUUAUUAUUAUUAUUAUUUCUGCUCGGGGUGGGGGAACCAAGAAAUAAAAGCGAAUGCACAAACCCGGAUGAAGGCGCACUCAGCAUUUUGUCUCCCACGUGGAAUAGCGUGCGCUGAUUCACACGUAAUGUAAAGUCACACAGCACCACCCCUGUGAGUGGUUAACAGUUCAUCCACAUGACAUACAGAUCAUACGUAAAGUUGCACGUCACUAUCUUAGACUUUCACAAUUACGUAAGCAUUACAGGAAGCGGCGACCGAGGGACCCAUUGAGCAAUUUUUCCAUUUUUUACACGACCAUGGAUCCAACAAACCCCAAGGAGGCUGAAAAGCACUGCGUUCUUUGCUGCCAAGAAAUCGACAUCUUCGCCUUCGGAAAAUGCGACCACCCGGUGUGUUACCGCUGCUCCACCAAAAUGAGGGUUCUGUGCGAGCAGAAGUACUGCGCCGUCUGCCGGGAGGAGCUCGACAAGGUGGUGUUUGUGAAGUCCGCACAGGCAUUUUCUUCUCUGCCACAUCAUCAGUUCCCCUGUGAAAAGAUGCAUGACAUCUACUUUGGCGAUGAGAAGAUCCACGCUCAGUACAGGCACUUGCUGUUGCCUCAGUGUCCGUGCUGUCCUGAAGCUAAGGUGUUCUCCAGGUUUGUGGAACUGGAGCAGCACAUGAGAAAGCAGCACGAGCUUUUCUGUUGCAAGCUCUGCACAAAGCAUCUGAAGAUCUUUUCCCACGAGCGCAAGUGGUACAACCGCAAAGAACUCGCGCGUCAUCGAGCGCACGGGGACCCGGACGACACCAGUCACAGGGGACACCCGCUCUGCAAGUUCUGUGAUGACCGCUACCUGGACAACGACGAGCUCCUCAAACACUUGAGAAAGGAUCACUACUUCUGCCACUUCUGCGACGCUGACGGCUCCCAAGAAUAUUACAGCGAUUACCAGUACUUGAGUGAGCACUUCAGAGAAAGUCACUACCUGUGUGAGGAGGGCUUCUGCGCCACCGAGCAGUUCACCCAUGCAUUCCGCACCGAGAUCGACUACAAGGCACACAAGGCUUCGGCGCACAGCAAGAACCGCGCCGAGGCCCGUCAAAACCGCCACAUUGACCUGCAGUUCAACUUGGCCCCAAGACAUCAGAGGAGAAAUGAAGGCAUUGUGACAGGUGAGGAUUAUGAGGAAGCUCGUCAUCAACGUGGAGCAAGAGGAAGACCACAGGGGGGACAGAAAAGCUGGCGGUACUCUCGUGAGGAAGAGGAUAGAGAGGUGGUAGCCGCUAUGCGGGCGUCCAUGCUGAUGCGUCGACAAGAGGACCGAAUGGCAGGACUGGAGAGGAGUGCUCCCAAACACUAUCGGGAAGAAAGGACGGAGAGAAUGGAAUCUGAUGAGCCAAUUCCCAGGACUGGACCAAUCAAACCAACGAGCAAACCUCCAGUAAGGACAAUGAGGAGUUUAAAUCCAACAGAGGAAGAAGACGACUUUCCGGCAUUGGGAGCUGCCGCUCCGCUGGCCAUUUUGAAAUCCUCCACACCGGUGGUACCCUCAGCUCCCAGGACUUUGAAGGAAGAUGACUUCCCCAGCCUGUCAGUAGUUAAGGUGGCAGCCCCCAUGACGCCAUCUUACCCCGCCCAACCCAAAAAGUCAUCUUCUUUUCAAGAGGAGGAUUUCCCUGCUCUUGUAUCCAAAAUUCAGCCCCUUAAAUCUGCUUCGAGUAAGAACUCUGCGUGGUCCACUCACUCCGCUCCAGCCCGGCCCGCAGCUCAGCCCCCUCCUUCCUCCAGACCGCCCCCUCCGCUCUCCUCUGCGUCCUCUCACCCCCAACUCCUGACCUCUUCCAACUCCUCGUCAAGGAGAAGAAAGAAAGUAGGGGAGAACGGAAAAGCCGGUUCCAUGCUCUCCUCUCUUUCCUCCGACGACGACGACGAGAGCGAAGGGAUGACGCAGCAGCAGUUCCGCUCGGUGCCCACCAUGCUCGACAUCUCGUCUCUGCUGACUGUUAAGGGAAGUGGCGGCAAACCCUCUCCUGCGAUCGUCAGCCCUCCCACCCCGUCCCCUAGCGCUGACCUCCCUCCCACUAAAGCCAGCAAAAAGAAAAAACAAAAGAACACGUCUUCUCCGCCUAACUCUUCAACACCAGGGCCACCGGCUCCUUCAAAGACACUUUCGGUGGAAACGACAGCCCAAAAAGAGAAUGUUCCUCAAAAAACAAGGAACAAGCCCUCAAGUGCUGUAGCGGGCUCAGCGCCGAGCCGAUUGGUCAAUGGCUUCAAUGAGAAACCAGCAAUUAUUAAGGAGACGGCCACGACACCGCCACAGCCCAGCAUAGACGCUCCUGCAGAACAAGAAGAAGACUUCCCGGCCCUUAAGCCCAAGAAGCCACCUCCAGGGUUCAAGACAUCAUUCCCAACGAAGUCAACUUCUCCUCCAUCCUUGGUGCCCCCACCUCCACCUGGCCUGGGACUGAUGGCCACUAAGCCUCCUCCAGGCUUCACUGGGAUCCCCCUCAACAGUAAUGUGGUAGAAGCUCCUCCUCUGGCAGUAAACCUCCUCCCGAAAACAUCAAACAGUGGUUACCUGGUUCCAGAAGACUUCCAUCAAAGGAAUCUGGAGCUGAUCCAGUCCAUUAGGAAGUACCUCCACGAUGAUGAGUCCAAGUUCAAUCAGUUCAAGAACUAUUCUGCACAAUUUAGACAGGGGGUUCUUCCCGCAGCCCAGUACCACCGCAGCUGCAAGGACUUGCUGGGUGACGACUUCAACCGCAUCUUCAACGAGCUGCUGGUGCUGCUACCGGACACCGUCAAGCAGCAGGAGCUCCUGACGGCGCACGGGGACUGCAAGGCUCUGGAGAAACAGUCGGGAACGGGCGGCGGAGCAAAGAAAAGCAAGAAUAAAAAAAGCGUAUGGCAGACUCCAAGCACGCAGGCUAACACCAACGCCGCCGUCGAGCUGGACUGCCAGGUGUGCCCCACGUGCAGACAGGUGCUCGCACUCAAGGAUUUCAACUCCCACAAGACGCUGCACAUGAGGGACAACGACGAGUUCCCUUCUUUGCAGUCCAUAAGCCGAAUUAUCAGCUAGCGCUGUGAUGCCAAUGCGUACUCGGUUGAUGACUCUUGUCGGCAGCUGCUAGCGUGGAGGACGGCAGCAGUGGAGCGUGGCUCAAACGAGGGACGAUGUAGUUCAUGAUGAACGCCACAACGGAAAGGUUCAGAGUUCAAUUGUCUGUCCAAUGGCAGUCUCCAAACCACCACCGUUGGUUUAUUUCAAUAGGACAGCAGACACGACCUGAUGACCUACUUGAAGAAUCUAAUGCUAAUGAAAAGCCCCCCCAGAUGAAUUACUCCUUUUUAUGAACAUGACAGAUCCUAUUUUCACAUUAUUUUCAUUUCAUAUUUUCAAGUUGGGAUGGCUGGUGCAAAAUUGAAAGCUGAUCUCAUUUAAAUUAUUUAGAUCACUGUGUUAAUGUCGCUGUUGAGCUUCAUACACUUUGGACUAUAUGCAGAACAAAGUUGUUUUUUUUCUGUUCAAAUAUUUACAGGGGGCGUUUGCAAUUAAAAAAAUAAAAAUUGUCAUCAUAAAUAAAGUCAUUAUGACUUAACAGUAGUACAUUUGAGUUGUGGAUUAUAUAGCACUGGGUUUUAAAAAAAAAAACACUUUGGGGAUAAGUUGUUUUUUUUUUUCCCCUAUACAUUUGGGAUGUUUUUGCAUUGCUGAGUCCAAAAAUGAUAAUUUUCUUUUUCAAAUGAGGUCUUUGUCAAGUUAAGUUUAUUAAUCAAAUUUACCAACAUUACUUACUGUCAGUUAAGUACUAGAUAUUGAUUAAAAAAAUAAGCACCUGUUGAUUGAUUGUUCCAUCUUCAAAGUUCAGGGUAUGAACCUGAUAAUUUGAACCUAAAGCACAGGUGUCAAAAUCAAGGCGCGGGGGCCAGAUCUGGCCCACCACAUGGUUUUAUGUGGCCCUUGAAGGCAAAUCAUAACUUCCAUGUUUCUUCUUAAAAUCUGUUUCAAAAUUUUACAUUGUCACAAUAUAAAUGAUAACAUUGAGAUAGCGCAAGCAUUUGUGUAUUACCAAACCGUACCUUAAAAAAAAAAACUUUACUAAUGAUUUCUUAUUCAAAAUCAUUAAUGAGGUCACGGCUGAAAAAGUCAAUGUGAUAUUUUUCUCAGCACCUCAAAAUGACCCUCAAUCAGUUUUAAAAAAGAUCUCAAGACAAAUUAGUUGACUUGUGUAAUAACCAUUUGGAGUUCACUUACGGGCACAUUUAUAGAAGGCACCGACUGCCAUCACAGCCGCCUACUACGGCAGUAUUUUGAUCCCAGCUUAUACAUGAUGGAAUGUUUAUAUAACUAAAUGUAAUUGGUUAGAAGUUUCAUUUUUUGUUAGGCCAUAGGGGUGGGAUGUACCUGCUACUAGCGUGCCUGCGAGAGCACAACAAAUGCAACCAAGCCUUCUGUCUCUUAACUCAGGUGCAGUGGGUUCUAAAUAUGAAAUAAAAGGCACACUAUAGGGCCUGGAGAUAGCUGUUUUUUUUUUUAAAUGAUGUUUAUGAACUUGAGUGCACUCGGACUAAAAGUAUGACAAUUUAUUUUUUUUUUAUAUUCCAAGCUCCCCUUUUUUCUUGUAUGUACUUGGAGAAUGAUUGACAAAAUUGGUCCCGGGUUGGACAAGAUUUAUAUCUAAACGAACAAAAUCAAAUGAACUGUUUUCUGCCUGUUUAUUCUCCAUCUUUGGUUUAUCGAGUUACUUUUGAAUGAGUACAUAAUAUACCUCACCAAGGUUAAUAAUAGCACAGUUUUGUUUCAGGUUCAUCUUUUCACACGUGAAUAUUUAUUUCAACACUUGAUGGGCCGGGGACUGUGACCCCCGCUCCGCCACUUACCCUCCUCCGGUGCCGUUGUGCUCAUGUUCAUCUUCUCACAGGACCUGCAGCUUGCAGUGCUGCGUGUCAAACUAAACAACUUCAUGACAAAUUAUGUAGUACAUCCUUGAGCUGCUACUGCUGCUCUUUUUAUUUUCUGUCUGGCGCCAUUAAAGUCCAUUCUCUCGA